AGAAGGAAAAGAAAAUGUUUUUGGUUUUUAUCUUCAUUCUCUUCCUCGGUUUUUUUGUUGGGGUGGUGACGGUUGUGGUUGCCGAAGCUUUGGGAAUCUUGUGGAUCAUUGAACGGCUGCAACGCAAGAUCAUGAAGGACAAAGACAAAAUCUCAGCACCCAUCUCAUUGGACACUAGUUCACAAAAUGAUCUUAAUCAAUCACCUGACUCUACCUUCGAAAAAGAGGGUGUGAUUUGGGUUCUAGAACAAUACAAGGUAUCAAAGAUCUGGCUGGAAAAGUCAGCUAAAGAUCAUAAAAGGAAAAGGGAGGUACUGGAGGUUAGCCCUGUUAAGAAGCAUGGGAAGAUCAAGGGUGAAUCACUUAUUCUCACAGAGCAUGAUGGUUCGGAGACAGCCAUUUGGCUGAAGGGAUGUGUUAUUGAGGCUGUAUCAUCAUCCAGCCUUCCUUCUAAAAAAUGGGCAAAAAGAUACCCGAUAAAAGUUGAAAACAACAAAUCUGUGGUAUACCAUGGAAGCAAAUUGCUUUACAUAUAUCUUGAGACAUCAUGGGAAAAAGAAGCAUGGUGUAAGGCCCUCCGUAUGGCUUCAUGCGACCAGAGUGAAAAACUUAAGUGGUCUAGUCAGUUGUACGAAGAGUUUCAUCGUUAUAUAGCAUCACUAAAUAUUGAAUAUCAUCCUUUUAUCAUGAGACCAUCAGCAGGAUCAAGUUUUGAUGCCUUAGAAAAGUCCAGUAAGCCUGAUGGAUCUUCCUCAAGAGUUCGUCAAUUUUUGAGAAGAAUUACUAAAAAACCUCCUCGAGUUGGUUUGGAUAGUAAAUCGGCUUGGACAUCCCGUGAAGAAAGAAAGAGCCUUGACAAGCUCCGGGCUUGUCAGGAUGCAAUAUUGGCCACUGAGUAUAUGAAAGGUUCUUCAACUCCAAGUGAUCUGAAAAGUUGCAUUUCAGAAAAAGCUCCUUCAUUUAGUUCAAGCAUGUGUCGUUCAAGAAGCCAAAGUAAUAUAAAUGUCAGAUCUGACUCUGAUGCUGAUGAGAAGUAUGGUACUGAUGAUGGUACAUUAUGCUGGAACUUGUUGAUUGCUAGACUCUUUUUUGACGCGAAGGGAAAUUCACAAGUGAAGAAGACAAUUCAAGAAAGGAUGCAGAGGGCAUUGGCCAAUGUGAGAACACCUACUUAUUUCGGUGAAGUUAUCUGUACAGACAUCAAUAUGGGGACUACUCCACCCUACAUCGUUGCAAUGAGGGUUCUUCCUAUGGAAAUGAAUGAUGUAUGCACCUUUGAGGCAGACAUUGAAUAUUCUGGAGGUGCAGUAGUAGAGAUUGAAACAAGGCUUGAAGUUGGUGAACUACAGAACGACAAGGGGACGGAAUGCUCAAGCAAUGCUGGAGCUGCCCCGUCAGAUCUUCUUGAAGAUCUCAGCAAUCAGUUGAAUCUUGGAGAUGGAGUGAAUGAUUCACAAGAGCCAAAAGUAGAUGUCAAUGGGAACACUGAUGUGUCUAAAGUUUCUAGGAGUACAUCUUCCUCAUUUUACGGAUCAAAAUGGAAAUCUAUGUUAAAUUCUCUUGCCAAGCAUGUUUCACAGGUUCCUCUCACUUUGGCAAUAAGGAUAGUAUCCCUCAAAGGGACAAUGCGUUUACAACUAAAGCCCCCUCCUUCUGAUAAUUUGUGGUAUGGUUUCACAUUUAUGCCUGAUAUAGACUUCAACCUGGAAUCAUGUGUUGGAGAUCACAAAAUAACUAAUGCACGCAUCGCCCUGUUCCUGGUCAAUCGACUUAAGGCAGCAUUUCGAGAAACUUUAGUGCUCCCAAACUCUGAGUGCAUCAGCAUUUCAUGGAUGCUGGCUGAAAAGGAGAAUUGGAUUCCUCGGACUGUUGCUCCAUACAUGUGGGUUAAACAAGAAUGUGGACACGAUACAUCCGUUUCAAAUGAUAAAACUAGCGCAAGGAUGUCGGUUGAUGGUUCGGGGCAAACACCCCCAAACCAACAUGGGGCCAAGUCUAUAGUAGAACCAGUUAGGAAAUCAUUUUCUUUCGGACGAGCAUCAUCUUCCUCUAGUCCAAUAGUAUUAAAGAGCAGCCAAAGUUUUGACCAACUGUCAACACCUUUUCUAGAGACUUACAUAAUGCAAGAAACUGAGGAUUUGAAAGAACUUCCAGCAUCUUCCACACAGAAUGAGAAUAGAGAUGAAACUCGUGAAGAGAAGACGGAGGAUAUUACUGUCUACCAACCACAAACACUCUAUUCUCUGCUUAUAGAUAAACAAGUUAGUCCAUCUGAACAGAAGAAAAUCGGGAAGAGGGAGAAGAUGUUUGAUUUGCGAAAGAGGAUGAGCGAGAAGUUGGAAGAGAAGAGGCGUCACUUUGUUGAAAAGAUGAGAGGACCAUGAGAAAAUGAGAACAGAAGUAGAGAUCAGACUCUGAUUUCUGUUGCUGAUUUGUUCAUCAUGUCAGAUAUUAGCAACCAUUCUUAAAAGAAUCUUUUGAUUGAUGAAUUGUACAUCUUAUAGGUUCUUAGAAGAUCUAAUUUAACUAGAUGUAUACCUUACUGUGUGACAGAAAUUACUGUUAAUGCAUACCAUGGAGUUACAAAUCCACAGGGUAACAUAGAUAGAAGAUUCAUUUAAUUGUUGAUUAACAAAUUAUAUGACACAGACAUGCCAUAGAGAUUACAGAGAAAUGAUAUACAGAUUC